AUGCAUGCAUGGCUGACAGUGCAUGUGCCUCUGUGUGCACACACAGACCGAGAUUUGUUGGUGAUUUUUACCAGGCUCCUGCUGGCCUUAUGCUGCAGUGCUCUGGCGGCUGAUGUCGAGAAGCAUCAGGCCCUUAGCGUGACGAAAGCGCAUGCCCCGGACAAGGAGGCUGGCGAGGUGAAGGCCCCGAUGCCAUUCGGCGACCUUGAACCCUUUGGCCGGCAAAAUGCUGGUCAGGAGCUGACCGAGUCUGCCAUUUCAGAAACAAACGAAAUGGUGGAUCAGCUCGAGCGGGCAGAGGUAGCAGAGGAGAAGAGGAGUGCAUUUCGGGCACUGACGCGGCUGCGAGGUGUGGCCUUGGCCUCCUUUGAUGGAAUUGCUCGGGCCCAGACCGGCAACAUCAAGGACUACACGCAGGCCCACCAAUGGCGCAAGGAGCACCCGUUGCAUCACCUUGCAGAAGAGGAAAGUGACGUUGGAAAGUGGGCCUUUCCUGCCAGCGCGGAUUUCUGA